CUUUUGCCGUUUUCAAACCCUGGUUUCGCUAUCGUACAGGAAGUCUUGCCUGCAGCUGUCGUAAAAGUGCGGACACCGUGCAUAUUAUCGCCCGCUGCACAGCUCUUUCGCGUGCUCGGGGCAGCUAAAGCUGUACCAAACCAAAAACAAACAAACAAACAAAAAAAAAACCUUCAAAAUGUGACACCGCACCACUCCACACGACCGCCCGCAAUGAAGCCCAGGAGAGACCAGGGCACGAUUCUGCGAGGUGCGUUUUAAGGCGUUGGAGACGCAGCAGGACGGGUCUUCCCAUCUCCUUCUACCGCAGCAGAAGACUCCUCCGCGCUGCGACCGGGCUGUUGGAAACGGGCGCUGGUUUGGGAACCCGGCGGCGGCGGACGGAGAGAUCAGGGGUUCUGAUUCUGAUGUGACCAGGAGUUCGUUAACCUGGGUCGACACCAGCAGCAGCUGCCGGGCGGGGCAGUGCGGCAGAUACCUCUGCCCUCGCCGAGAGCGGUGCCCCAUCGUGCGCAAAUCGAGGGCUGAGUAGUCGGCGUGUUAUUUUUAGAGUUCGGAAAGUCCCCUCUUGCUACUCCCACUGCUUACAUCUCUGCCCCCCCAUUUCACGGGUGUCACGACGGAAAUCUCAAACUUAAGUGAAUUAGACAUUUUUAACAGAAUAAAAAAAAAAGCCCGAGGUUUUUUUUUUUAAAAAAAAAAACAACCAACACAUCUGAUCGAGAUGUAAGCAUUCUGUAGGACAUGGCGGAAAGAAAACGGCUCCCCCAGUCUCUUGAAGACAGCAACCUGACCAAAGCGCUCUUUCUGAGGCAAAACAUCGCCGCAGAUCUGAGGAGGCAGAGGAGAUCCAAGCCUGCGGUCCAUCACCUCGACACACUACACCCUUACAGCGUGCACCUGAGCGACUGCAGCGCGUCCAGGCCGCGAAUCGCGGAGAUCGUCAGCGAGUCGCUGUUUGAUCUGCAGCUCAGGAGACACCUGGCAGACAGCGGGUGCGAGCAAGCGAGCACCCUCUCGCCUCUGAGGAACAGCGGGGAAAACAACAGCCUUCUGGAUGCUGUCUCCCUGUACAUGUGGGGGGUACGCGACAGUGACUUGGUGCUGAGAACCGCUCUCUAUAACACUAUGGACGAAAGUAGCCCCGCUGAGCUGAACAUAGCCGCACACCGGACUGGGAGACCCGGAGGAUCUAGCGACCAGCGCGUCGCCUCUCACGCAGCGCUGGGCAGUGAAGAAUGGGAGAGAAUCGUGAGAUUGGUGGACCCCAAAUCUGAAGGUGUGGCACCUAUGGCAAAUUCGUACCUAGACAUCUACCUUUUCGUUUUGGCUAAUGUCAUCCGGAGGCCAAUCAUAGUGUUGGGUGGCAACACAAAGGAAGUGACUCCUGACACGUCCGAGUCAGUCCAAGGGCCUGCGGGGAUUUAUCUGCCUCUGCUGUGGGAUGUGGAGAAGUGUUACCACUUUCCUGUGGUCCUGGGAUGUGUGUAUCCAUACAGCUGUUUUGCCCCACUGGUGGACUUCAGUGCUCCCGGGCAAGAAACUGAGAUCCUGCCUCUGGUAACGCACACCAAGAAUGGCCCCAAAGACAUGUCUGUUCAUUUUCUUCCUGAAUGUGAAGAGACAACGAAGCAAAUAUGUCUUCAGAAUUACCUGCAGCUGACAGCUGUUUCUGUUGGAAAGAGCACUGUCCCUGCGACCAGGUUGAAAGGUAAUAACCUGCCAGAAAACCUCAACUUGGUCCAGGACUAUUUUAGGUUGGUGAAUUACGUGUGCGGCCAGCUGAGCCAGGGAGCAGAAGGCGCGCAGGCCGGCGGCAGGGAGCAGGGGAACAGAUCCACUUCUCCGAGUUUCUCCAUCACCAGAGACAAGUGCAUCACAGAGCACUGCCUCUACUUUGCCUCCAAGCUCACCUGGCCGUUCUGCCAUGAGUGCAGUGAGCUCUCAAACUGCAAAGACACACCCUCCAUGGCCCCUCAUCCUCGACACAGGGCUGGGAAGCAGGAGACAAGGGAAUACAGCUCAGGCAGCUCAUUUUACGGAGACAGACCCUCGAAAGUGCAGCUGCCCGCGGGGCCGGCGUCCGCCCCCUCGGGACACACCCCUGCCCCGGACCCCAAGAGCCAGCAGCACAGGAGCAACGCCGGCCAUCUUGGCCAGGCAGCGGCACGGCUCGACGCCCUCGAGCCGAAGACGGGGGCGUGCCCGCACCCGCGCACGGAGGGGGGCGAGGCGAGGGAGGCCCGGCGCCCCGGAGCCCAGAAGGACCCGGCGGCGGCCGGGCCCGUGGACCUGCUGUGCGGGCGGUGCAUCGCUUGCAAGAGGGAGACGCGGACGUUCAACGGGCUGUGCUUCGACUGCCUGCAGAGGAAGGCGCAGGCGGCGGAGCCCCGGGAGGCCCGCCUGGCGCAGGCGCUGGCGCCGGGGUGGCAGGGCGCGGGCUCUCGGGGCCAGCAGCCGCCCGGAGAGCGAUGCAUUACGCCCGGGUGCGUGUACUUCGGGACUGAGCAGCACUCCGGCUACUGCACCGUCUGCUACUGCAGCCGGGGCCUUCCCCUUCCGGAGCCCCCGGGCUGCGAGGCCGACAGACAGCAGGCCCCGGCUGGCCAGCCGCCUCAGAUCGCCUCCACCCUCAGGAACAUGCCCAAGUGCCGCGCAGCCGGCUGCGGCAUGCUGGGAAACCCCAGCUUCGACGGCUUCUGUGAGAAGUGCUUCCUGACCCACAGCAGACGGGCAGCGCAGUCCAGACAGACGCUGGCUCUGGCUAAACAAGAGCCCCUACAUGAAAGGCUGCAGGAGUCGGCCUGUGGGGAGAUGAGAGAAGGUCCCUCUGGUCCAUCAGGCAAAGCCCAGGCUGCUGCUGCACUGGACAGAAGGCCCUGCAGGCACAGAAGCUGUCCGAACUUCGGCAACAGCAGAUGUGAAGGAUACUGCAAUCACUGUUAUAAAAAGUACCAGAAGUAAGUUGAACCUGAGAGUCAUCAUGGUAUGUGAGUGAUUACGAAUGUAGCAACCACCAUAAGGCACUUUAAAAUGAAACUCUGUAUAAAAUCUGUAUAUAUACUGGAAAGCAUUGUACACUUUGCUUCUGUAUAGCAUAACCUCAUUGACUUCAUGCAUACCUCGUUUCUCAUUUUUGUUAGAGAACGUUUUUUGUAAAUAAAGUCCUCUGCUUAAA